AUGUAUCGAUAUUCUUUUUAUAUAUUCAAAAAGAAACAGUUAAAAUGGAAACAAAAAAAUAUAUUAUAUCCCCUUACGACAUUAUCCAAUUUCUCGACAUGGACUGAUAUACAUUUGACCACGGCCCAACAAAAUUCAUUAAUAGAACUAGCAAAUAAAAUACCAAAAGAAAAAUGUGAUCAUAAUAAUAAUAAUAAAAUAGCGUUAAAAAUAACAAAAAUACAAAAUAUGUCUAAACAAUUAAAAAUUGCUUGGGAAGAAUUGGAUAUAUAUAAACAGCUUCUAACAGAGAAUAUGAAACUAACUCUUCGAAAAGAUGAAGAAUCUAAAAAAAUAGAUACUAUUAAUUUUAAUGACUAUUCAGAAGUGAAAGAAAUCAUUUACAAUCUAGAAAAUAUUUGUGAUUCCAUUGUCAAACAACUUUUGGAUAUAUACACAAAUUUUGUAAAUUUGAACCAUCAUCUGGAUUCUAAUGAAGUCAGACUUGAGAUUGUACCCGGAGUUGGGGGACAAGAAGCCAAGAUGUUUGCUAAUGAAUUAUUUUCAAUGUAUGAACACUUUUGCAAAUUAAAAAAUUAUGAAUGUUUAAUAAAAAAUAACAAGUUAAUUGAAGAAGGAAAAGGAAUAUAUAAAAAUAUUGUUGCAGAUAUAAAAGGAGAAGGAGUAUAUAUCGAUUUUAUACAAGAAAUAGGAAUACAUAGAGUUCAAAGAAUUCCAAUAAAUAGUAAAAAAAUGCAAACAUCUACUUCUAUAGUUUUAUUAUUUGACGAAAAACAAACAAAAGAAAAACUUGAAAAAAAAAUGAAAAUUCCGAAAAAUGAAUUUUUAAUUGAAACAAAAAGAUCAGGUGGAGCAGGCGGACAAAGUGUUAAUAAAAAUGAAACUUGUGUAAAAAUUAUUCACAAACCUACUAAUAUAUUUGUUGAAGUACAAAAAACAUCUAGCCAAAUACAAAAUAAAAGUAUAGCUAUGGAAAUGAUAAAAAAUAAAUUAUAUAACUUUUAUUAUGAACAAGAAAAAAUUAAUUUUUUAAAAGAUAAAAAAAAUCAAAAACAAAAUGGUGACAGAAGUGAAAAAAUACGAACAUACAACUUUUCUCAUAAUACAGUUAUAGAUCAUAUUGCUAAUGUCCAAUAUACUGGCAUUGAUCAAUUUUUUAAGGGAACACAAUUAAUUAAUUUAAUUAAUAAACGGAAACAAUUAUUUUAUCAAAAUAUCAUUGAUGAAACACUGGAAUAUUUGUUUUCCCAUGUAUCCUAA